AUGGACAACAACAACGCCAUGGACGACAGCGCGAUGAUGCGGUACCUGCUGGGGAAGUACGGGCUGACGGAUCUUGUGGGCAUGCUACGGUCAAUGUCGGCAAAUGAGCAAGGCAUGGUACCACCUGUUAGUUCCAGCAGCAACAGUCAUAUUGCUGUGGCUUUCGAAGCCAACCCGAGUCCGAUCUCCUUUUCCGACGCCAGUUCCAUCACCGGUAGUCUCUACUCUACCUGUUCCGACACCUCAUCCUUCCACAGCCUGAGCCUCGCGCCCUCUCCAGCGUCGAACCAAAACGUGAUGCCAGGGCACAAUCCCGCACAAACCUCGUCUGUACGCUCUAUUGGCCGCAAGGUCGUCCGUCGAGCAGCCGGCGCAUCAAAACGCUCGAACCUAGGGGGGAUUGGCAGUGCGUGGGGGAACAAAAAGCAAGAUCCUUUCGAGUGCCCAUUUUGCGGGGAACGAGGGAUCACAGUUGAGAUCAAGCGGAAGAACGAUCUGAAGCGCCACUUCCACGAGUUUCACACCAACCACUCGGUCUGGACAUGCGCAGCUCCCGGCUGUGGCUUGCCAUUCGAGUGGAAAUCAGCGUACACUAACCACUUGAAAUCCUGCCAUCAGGGCGUCGGACCCUUACCUGACGACGCAAUGGCCAAGACGUGCCCACAGGUUGUGUUCGCUUGCGGCUUCCAGGACUGCAAGCGCAUUUUCGAGGCACAGAGCGACGAAGACGCCGACAAGAAAGCCCACGAAUACUUUGCUCACGUUGCAGACCACUUUGACGGAGAUGGUCUUACGCAUCGCGACUGGUCCUAUUCCGCGAGAUUCCGGAACCUGAUGCGGCAGUCUCCAGUCGACGAGGCAUGGAAACGCCGCGUUAAAAUGUCAUCCGAGUCGCCCGCCUGGCAGGCCCUAUCGUCCUUCACGCUACGAAAGAUGCUCGAGUGCCGCCACAUCUCGGAUGUCCAGCAGUUUGUGCAAUGCGCUUCGGCGAUGGGAUAUGCAAAGAAGGACACACCGCCUACCCUGCCACCCGGAUUCUUCAUCCCGAUUCGUGCCACAUGCCAAAUGGCCUCAGUCAACCAUCGCGCCAACCGCAGCCAGACCAGCCUGGACCAGCUUCAACAGCACCACCAGCAACACCAACAACACCAACACCAGCAGCAACAGGGCGUUGACAUCCCCGACUUUAGUCCUUUCGAGACACCCCUGCCUACAUUCCCCAAGGUGGAAGAGGACGCCCAGAGCAUGUCAAAGAUAAGCAUGGUGCCGGCGCCGCUAAACUUCACACCUCAAAGUCUUCCGUCAGAUGCCGGGUCAUGGACUACACAAGAUCCUCAAUCUGCCAUGACUUCAGCACAAGAUCUGUCUAACACGUCAUUCCUAUUCCUCGACCCCGACGACACUAUCAUGAGCACACCCAACAUGCCCAACAUGCAGCUUCCGACGGCGCCAACGAAUUCUUUCGGCUACUGGACGGAUCUUCUGGCGCAGAGCAACAACUACUCAAACAUGUCAGCGUCGAUGGUCGUUCCAGGUGAUCAACAGCACCAGCACGGUCACCAUAUGCACCAGCAACACUACACGACAUCGAGGGCCCCGGACCCGCCCAUUGGACUUGAUCAAGGCCAGCAGCAGGGCAGUAUGUCCCAGGCGUCACAGAAGCGACGAUGGAGCAUGCGGACCUCUAGCUCUGGCCAGACGGUUAGGCCUCCUCGCGAAAGCGCCCAGGGCGUGCCCUACAGAGACUCAACCUUGACCACAGCCACUGAGUCGCGACCUGGCUCGAUCAUGUCCAGCGUCUUCCACUUUGGCGGGUCAUAA